GUGGAAGCAACAAACGGGAGUCUACUGAUGACGGGCGAGCUGAUGGUGAGGCUCCAAGCAAGCGUCCAAGGAACACUGGGGGAGGCCGUGCUGUUGAUGUGCGCUUUCUGCUCCAGAGCAGAAAUGCUGGUGCCAUCAUUGGCAAAGGUGGUUCCAACAUCAACAGCCUGAGGAAAGAGGAUCCUUUCCAUUGUGGCUGACGUGGACACUCUCGGGGGAUCCUGCUCAACAUCAUUCCCAAGUUGGACGACCGUUCGAUGCAGUUUGCUCAACACACUGGCCAGAAUGGAGGGUCAGAAAGUGAAAUGCGCCUGCUCAUGCAUCAGAGCCAUGCCGGCUGUAUUAUUGGUCGCGCAGGAUGCCGCAUCAAGGAACUCCGUGAGUCCACAGGAGCCAACAUCAAAGUUCAUGGCAGCUGCUGUCCAGGAUCCACUGAGCGCAUCGUCAAAGUAACUGGCUCACCUUCAGUGGUGGUGGAUUGCAUCAAGCAGAUAUGUGACAUUGUUGGACAGGCUCCUAUCAAGGGUCUGAACAAGCCGUAUGACCCCCACAACUUCGACCCUGAGUUUGCCCAGGAGUAUGGUGGCUUUUCUGAGGGAGCCACAGGUGGAGCCUCUGGAGGUGGUGGAUCACUUUCUGGGAUGUCCGUCGGUCCAACUCGCGGCAGCAGCAGAAGUGGUGGCAGUAUGUCCUUUUGGCGUGAUGAGCCCGUGGAUGCCUUUGCCCGAGGAGGCAGAGGCCCCAAGCGUGGACCUUGGGAGGCUAGCCCACAGCUGCCCCCGCACGCCUUCGCGGAUGAGCCAACGCGCCCCUGGCACUCCCCGCCAUCGCUUAGCUCUGGUGGCAUGCACAGGGACCUGGAGCGUUCAUACCGAGGAGGCGGAGGCAUGCCAAGGACUGGCAACUAUGGCAGGGGCAAUUACAAUGGAAGAUAAAGAACCUGUGGCACGAAAUGGAAAAAAAAAAAAUUGGGCUGGUGUUGUUGGUGUAUUAGGAUUUGGCACUGAGAAUAUCUCCACCUCGGGAUGCCUGCCUGCCCAUUGUUUUGCAGUGUCGUUCACUUAAAAGCAGACUUACAUGCCUGUUCACACCCAGGGGGUAUUGGCUGGCAGCUGGAGAGAUCAUCAUUGGUUUUUUCUUUUUUUUGUUAGUUUUUGUUCUUUAUUUUUUCAUUGCACACCUCAUAAGUAUUUACAGAGUGGAGCUACAGCCAAUCAGCAGAUUAUUCACACAUUGAGAGCGAAUUGAAGCCGUCAAAAUGUCAUCCGCCCACUUGUUGCAGCAUGGCACCUUUCCAGUGCAAAUAUGCUUUUUUUUUUACCAGACUGUUUUAGUUGUUUCCAAGGUGCUGCAGUUUAUCUUUGAUGCUGUGUACAAAAAGAAAAAGGAAUAAAAACUCUUUAAAUAUGUUUGGGUCACUGCCAA